ACAUUCAGAUUUAUUUCAGAUAUAUUCGGGAUAAGGAAGGUCAGUAAUGUUUGAUGUGCAACAUUGAUUUUUCAAUAAAUGCAUUCAAUAUGAAUUGAUAAUAUAAUAUUAUAAUUGCUGGUCUUUAAAUCGGUAGAUAUAAAAAAGUAAAUUAAUCAAAUAAAACAUUUUGUGAUCAUGUCUGCCGAGCAUCACAGUGGAAAAGGUUAUACACCUCUUCCUCAAUGUAUGAGCAAUACCGACACCGAAGAUGAGGAUAAACAUAUAAUACAAAGAAAUGAUUUAACAAAUAAACAAACUAACGAUGAGAGAACAACUAUGGAGCCUACAAUGGUCCACGAACACGGAGUUUAUUAUCCAUUGGAUGAAACUAGAAAUUUAGCUAAUCGUACUAGGAAUGGACAAAAUACAAUUAAAUGUUACAGAGAUGAUAUACCGACAAUGAUAAUAGAAGGCACUACGCAAAAUGAUUUGUGGAAACGCAGAGAUAUGUCACCUUUUCGAAGAUUUUGUUUAAUCAUAUCAAUAUUAUUAUGCAUAGUAACGAUACUUGUGUUUUUGUAUGUUUUACCAUGUGAUACUAUGGUAUGUCCACCAGUUAAUAAACCACAAUCGUCCGUUUCAUGGGAGAAAACUUUGUUGAAUGUUGAGGUACACGGGCCGAUAACAAUUAUUCCUGGAUCUCCAUACGAUCUUAUAUUUUUGCUUAGAAGUCAAGAAUACAACGAUAGCAAUACAAAUUACAAUUCUAAAACUACAAGAAAAGGUUUUAUUUUAUAUAUAGACGGAACUAGCGGUUUUGAUUCCUGGUGGGUUCGUUUAGAAAGAAUACCAACUAAUAUCGAUUGCUUAUCCAUCGAUACGGAUAAAUCUGGAAAACCAGAUUGUAUCGUUGUCGGAGAACGUGGUUUAUUAAAAAGUAUAGAUCCAGCUAAAGGUAAAAUACAUUGGAGUUCCGAAGUACAUACGUUUUCAAAGUUACCAGUUAUCUUACCAGAUCUCAACUCUGAUGGAGUCGAAGAUCUUUUAAGCGUAGAAGUAUCGCAAGAGAAUGUAUCUACUCUUGUACUUUUAUCUGGUAAUACUGGCCAAUUGUUAGGAAAAUAUACAAAACACAAUUGUUCGUUAGUUAACAUAUACAAUCUAGUUUCCGAUGGUACUAUUUUAUACGUGUGUCACGACAUUAACGGUAAACGUAUUACGAAAUACGUGUCGUUAAAAGUACUUCUCAACGGUUCGAGUUUAUCGCAAAGAAAAAGAGAGAUAAAAGCGUCGCCGCGUAUCUUUAAAGUAAUGAUGUUGCAGGAAGAAAAUAAUUAUUGGAAGCCUACGCGUUAUCAUCGUUUGAUGGUUAAAAAUGAAGGCGUUUGUCCUUGGGAAUCUUGUAAAGCUACUAUCAAUCUGACUCUACAAAAUCAGCCUAAUCAAACGUUUCCUAUUUGGGAAUACGUAAGCCCAAAUUCGUUUGUCUCCAAACCAGCAUUUUUAAUAACAUCCGAAGAACCAUAUAGCACCGGGUUUGUUAUUAAAUUCUGGGAAUGGCUCGAUACUAAUCCUUCGGUAAUUAAUACGGUAUCGAAAAUAGUUGAAAGAAAAUUAAUUGAAAGAGUAUUAAUAGUUUUCGUUAAUUACACCGACGUACAAGUCAUUAAUGCUAGUCAAACCGAUGUUACUCAAUUAUGCAAUGGUACUAAUUGUCAACCAAAUUUAGAUUUACGAAUGAAAUUUAAUUCUAUCGCGGCUGCUAAUAUCAAUCACGAGGGAUAUCCAGAAUUGGUGAGUUAUUGGUCUUCGUACAAUAACGAAUCGCCUAGGAUGUUGACGUCCAAAAUAAAAAUAGUUAAAUUAGAUUUAAUUUUAUCCAACUUACCGCAUCCUAAUGUACAAUUUUUUAAAAUAUUACUCAACUAUGCUAAUUCUAUGCAUUCUACUGGCGUAGAUAAACGAUAAACGUUAACAUCAAAAUGUUACUUUAAUUCACACCAUUUAUAGUCAUUUCGAAUUAAUUGUAAAUCGAUUAAUUUUAUCCUAACACGAUGGUCCUACUUUUAAAUUCAUUUAUUUUUCUAUUUAUUUAUUUUUCUUUUUCCUAUCUUAAAAAAAUAUCUUAACGGAUCCUAGUGAUUCGAAUAAAAGUGAUAUUACACGACUGAAUUUAAUUUACGUAUUAUUAUUAUUAUUAAAUAAAAGCUGGCUUAUCGAAAAAUCUUUUUACUAGUCAAACGAUAAUAAUGGUGCCUUCGAAUGAGCUAUCGCUGUUACAUGAUGCAAUUUUUGUUACAAUUGUAUUACGCUUCAGUGCGCCUAUAUUAAUGUAAAAAAAUAUUAAUAUUAUUGCACGCGCGUUAUUAACUUGAAAAAUAUUAUCAUCGAAUAUUACGCCUACGUGUUAUGUACAAUUUAAAAAUUAUUGUAUGAUAAAAGAAAAAAAAAACAAAGAAAAGUCAUACCAUUCAACGCUAAUAUUAAAAUAAUUCAUCAAUUGUUACAUAUUGUUGCAACGUAAAUGCAUUUUUGGAAACUUAACUGAAUGGUAUCACAUAUUUAAAUGCCUAAACAGCGUGACACACAAUCCCUGCACGUUAAAUGAUUCGAUUGAUUUAAUUUCAAUUAUAUACUAUGCGCAUAAAUUAUAACAUAUAAAUAUGUAGAAACAAACUAUUGCUGGAAUCAUCGUUCUAGUUAUCAAAAUGUACUACUCAUUUGUACGAUAGAUUUAAAAAUUAGCAACUAAACAAUUGUAUCUAUGUAAAUCAUGUCACAAAUAUAUUGUUUUCCAAUGGGCUAGAUG